AUGGCUAUGGGACAGGAGGAGCAGCAAGCCAUUCACCCAUUUUUUCGAAGAGGUCAAUUCUCUCACCCAUUGUUCGAUUAUACCUCGCCAUAUCCCGUUUUCUAUGAGAUACCCUCCCAGACACACAAUCAAGACGCUAUGUUCGAGCAUGACCUCAAUUCACCCCGCAGGAAAAGGCGCAAAACCGAUAAAUCUAGCGAUGCCAGUCACUCAGGGGGCUCUAUUGUUAACUAUAUUACGACCAAAGUCCCCGGGUCAACCUCCAAAGGGCAAGCACCUUCGAUCGACUAUAUACCUUCAUCUGAAACAAACGAUAACGCCACAGUGGUCGAAACUAGGUUCAACCCUCUUCCCUCUACGCCUUCACCUGAAAUCCCAGCUCCCGCAGAUGGCUCUCAUGCAACUGAUAGCCCUGCAUUGAGCGAGGAAACGCCUAGAAGGUCCCCAAGGCAGAAAACCAUCAAACUGAACCCUAACGGAAAGCUUCUGAGCUCGCCUGUCCCAGAUAAAGUCGACGACAAAUCCAAGAAAACGAAGGAUAAGAGACGCGCUAGAUCAGGACCGCAAAAACAUGGAGGCGAUAAGAGUAAAGUGGUGAUUGUUAGAUAUGGAGACAAAGGUGGAACUGGAGAGGGUUUGGGAAAACUCAUUGAUGACAUUAUCAGUGGCCAGAGGAAACAUAGCCCCCCAAAGGACGAACCGUCGAAAGCUACUCAUCCAUUCUUCUUGAAGAAGGCUACGCGCAAACCGGAUUCAUUGCGACCUCACGCUAACAGCCAGGAUUCUACGGCGGUAGAUACAGGGCACAGGGGAGCCACGAGAGCUCCACUAACGCCUCACGGGACUUCAAUUUCAAACCCAGGGCGAGCCUCUAAGUUUCCAGAACCCAUCCAGCCAGUAUGGCCUCCACGAGACUUUGCCCACAUUCGCGGAAACGUGGAUCGAAAGAAGGCCAAGAUGGCUGCUAUUUGUGUUCAAGAUAAAGAAAGUGUUCUUUCACAAGGGCUUUGUCAGGAACCCGCCAAGGUCUUGCGGAUACCCGAAAGACACGUCGCUAGUGGUCACAUACUACAAAGAGCAAUAUCCGCACAAUUAUCCCAUGAUACAUGUCAUCCAGCUAUUGCUAAACUAUAUACCUCUAUACCAAACUCGAUGGCUGCUUUCGACCGCGGAGACUGCGACAGUUCCGGGCAAGUCCUCCAGACUACAAGGGAAGCAUCGAUGUUGCGGGACUGGCUGAGAUUCCUUAAGGUGUCCGCCGUUGAUACCGGUAAAGCAUCUAAAGAUGGAGAGGAGAAACGAAGUCUGGACAAGAAGAAUCGAAAGAAGCGCAAGAAAAUAGAGAACCUAGAUGGUUUCGUCGUUUCUAGUGCAGAUGAGGCGUCUGAAAUGGGUGAGAUUGACGAGUCAGAGGAAGAUGAGUUAGCCGGUGGCGUAACAGUCUCCUCGAAGAGAACAGUCAUUCGGACUGGUGACCUGAAUCUAGAAAAGGGGCGCGUGUCCAAUGCAAUCCUUUUAAGCGGUCCUUCGGGGAGUGGGAAGACUGCAUCAAUUUAUGCGGCUGCAAAGGAGCUUGAUUUCGAAGUGUUUGAGAUCAAUGCGGGCAGUCGUCGCGGUGCAAGGGACAUUGUGGAGCGCGUUGGUGAUAUGACUCGCAAUCAUCUCGUGCAUAGCAUGAAUAGUAACGACGACAAUCCCUGCCGUGAGCCCUCCGACAGUGAUUCUCCGAAAAUUGAAGCCGAUGAUCCAAAGCAAAACAAAUUGAUGGGAUUCUUCAAGUCCACAGCUGUCAGUUCUACCAAGGAUAAAAUGGCUAAAGAACAAGGCUCCGAAAAACCAGUAGAGCAGAAACGAGCUCGGAGUCAGAAGCAAUCUUUUAUUCUUCUGGAGGAAGCAGACCUUCUCUUUGAGGAAGAUAAGCAGUUCUGGUCGGGAGUUCUGACACUUAUUAACCAAUCGAAACGUCCAAUAAUAAUAACCUGUAACGAUGAGAGUUUACUGCCACUUGAAGACAUAUCAUUUCACGCUAUUCUCAGAUACCGCCCUCCACCCCAGCAUCUGGCCGUUGAUUAUUGUCUUUUGCUCGCUGCGAAUGAGGGCCAUAUGCUGAAACGUGAAGCAGUUAGCAGCCUCUUCACGAGCACUGGCAGAGACUUGCGUCGAACGAUCACGGAACUAAACUUCUGGUGUCAGAUGGCCAUUGGCAGUGAGAAAUCUGGCCUUGAUUGGAUCGUUGACAGAUGGCCCCGAGGUUCAGAUGUGGACGAAGAUGGUCAUCCACUCCGGGUGAUCAGCGUCAACUCCUACGAACCGUUCAUGGGUUGGUUUAGUCGUGACAUGUUGAUGAACGCUAGCUUGGAUAGUGAGGUUGAGUUUCAACAAGAGGCCUUUUCUUGGUGGGGUCUCAGUUUGCAGGAUGCGGAAAGGUUGUCGGAUAUGGACAGCGCGAUGCUGUCGACACCGGCUGCGUCAAACCUAGAGAGGCUUGAUAGACUACAGCAUCAGUCCAACCUCAUGAACAUGAGAAGUACUCUUGAUGUCCUAAGUCGGGACUGUUCAAUUGAUCUCCGAUUGGAUGCAGUGGACACUUCCCUCCCUCCAAUGCCCGAGAAACACAGAGCGAACUACAUUGACGGCUAUCCACUCUUGCACGCCGAUGUCAUGCCCAAUCACUCACCUCUAUCUACAAGUAUCGCAAGUACAUUUGAGGUUUUGAUAAGCAGAGUUUUCCGACCAUGUUACGAAGGCGACGUCGAAUCAUCUCAAGCGGAAAAAGUCAUGGUGAACAUGACCAAGCCCAAGUCCACGGGCUCCCAACAAGUAGAGUUUGCACGAGCAUUUGAGCCCGUCAUGAGGGCGAAUUAUGUAUUCCCUCUCCCAGCAGGACGGCUGAGCCCAUCGUUUGAAAAUGGACUACGACCUAUCACUGAAGACUUGGGUCCGUACGUGCGUGCGAUCAUGGCAUUUGACCUCCGCCUUGAGCAGCACCGGCUACGACUAAGUGGGUUACUCUCACAGAAUGGGCAAGGCUUGAAGAGGGCGCGGACGACAAGGGCAAGUCGAGCGGCACUCGAGGGUGGCAGUAAAGCCGAGACACGAAAAGAGCGAUGGUUCCCUCCCGACGCCAAUCCUUCUCUUAUUCUCGCGACAGGUGAGAAAGAGUGGCAGGAUCUACUCGUACAGAACGGUUAUUUUACGGUGACAUCUUGUGCGGAAGCCAACAGGGAAAGUGGUGACCCUGCCACCUCUAUGUCCUUGUUCGGCACAUCUCCCGAGGACUCCUCGGCAGGUAAUUCAGCCCAUCAGUCCAAGACUUCGCUGUUCGCGGAUGAACCCUCCUUUGGUGCCGGUAGUGGUGCCAACUUGGGCUCUUCCUCCCUCUUCGCCGACGAUGACGACCUGGGCUCCAACUCGCCUUGGAAUAGCAAUACCAACAAGAGAACUGCCAGGCAUAAGCUUGUGAGGACUUUACUUUCCGACUCGGACGUCCCUGAGAGUUAUAUCGAUGCCUACGACCUAGUCCUCAGUGCGGGCGAUCGCGUUGGCGCCGGUAUUGGAUUGACUUCGGUCAGGGAAACUCUUUCCGGCGGCGGAAUCAGUGCCUCUGACCAGGAAAAAAUCCUCAAUAUUGUUGUUUCGGGUGAUAUUGAUAGCACAACCGGUCUGGGACGUGGCGAGUUCAAUGUUCUUCUAGCACUCGUGGGUCUGGCGCAAGAAGGGGAAGAUCUUACAUUGGACGCAGUGGAUGAUCGGCGCAAGAAACUCCCAAUUCCGAAGAGCUCAUACUUUGAGGCGUUGCGCGCAAAACAGGAACCCAGCACCCCUGUGCCGUCGCAGGAACGGCCUGUCACACCGCCUCGCUCUGCGACGCCUCAGCAAGCUCCGAACUCGACUCAUUCGCGGCGGUCACGAAGGGAUUCGAUACCGGGCUUGGAGUCUGACCCGUGGGGUAGUCCAGAACUCCACCGUGGCCAUGCCCAUGCGCAACUCGAAUCCGAUCAUCCUGUGUUGAACGGCUAUGGAAGUGUUCGGUCCGCUACUAAUGCCUGGUCGAGCCGAGCCGGUGAAGAACACAAUCAGAUUGAAAGUUCGAACAGCAACCGUGCGAGCGGUCUAACAGACACUGCGCCUUCCCAUGGCUCAGGAUUUGGAUGGGGCGGGAAUUUUGGUAAUACAUCGAGUGAUGGUGGGCUUGGAGAAGCAGCUCGAGCUGGACUCGGAGGAUUUGGUCCUCCCAGUAGUGACCACGGCGAUUCCAAUCCCCGGCGGCGGUCACUGGGGAUUGAUAGAGUAGCAAGCCCACCGGUGGAAGAAGUUGUGACAGUGACGCUACUGCCGGAAAAAGAAGGGAUGUUCAUGUUUCAACAUCGCAAUUAUGAAGUAAGGUCCGCCCGUCGAGGGAGCACAGUGGUUCGGCGAUACAGCGAUUUUGUCUGGCUGUUGGAUUGUCUUCACAAACGAUAUCCGUUCCGACAGCUACCUCUUCUUCCACCGAAGAGACUUUCAGUCAAUGGCACUCACCUUGCAGCGGAUUCCAAUGCAUUCCUCGAAAAGCGUCGCCGUGGACUCGUUCGAUUUACCAAUGCCCUUGUUCGCCACCCAGUCCUUAGUCAAGAGCAACUCGUGAUCAUGUUUCUGACUGUCCCUACUGAACUAUCUGUGUGGCGUAAACAAGCUACGAUAUCGGUGCAAGACGAAUUUACCGGCCGAGCCCUUCCUCCUGAUCUGGAAGACUCUCUGCCUUCCACCCUUACGGACACAUUAGAUACUGUCAGGGGCGGCGUUAAGAGAUCUGCAGAAAUCUACAUCAAUCUGUGCACGUUACUUGAGCGGUUAGCCAAACGCAAUGAGGGGCUUGCAGCCGACAACCUGCGGUUCUCGCUUGCCCUCCAAUCCCUCACGGAGGUGACCCGAGACACAUAUGCGAUUGACACCAACGAUGUACCUUUACUUAAUGAGGGUAUCAAAGCUACAGCCAACCAUCUCUCUGCCAGCCAGAGCUUGCUAGAGGAUGAGGCGCGCGCGUGGGAAGAGGGUGUGUUGGAAGAUUUGAAGCGCCAGCGAGAUUGCCUUGUCUCUGUCCGGGAAAUGUUCGAUCGCCGAGACCGUUACGCGCGGAACAAUAUUCCUCAACUGGAAAGGCGCAUUGAGAACAACGAGAGGAAGCUGCAGGAUUUGCGGACUCGGCCCCAAGGCAGCGUCAAGCCCGGGGAGAUUGAGAAGGUGGAGGAAGCAAUUAUCAAGGAGUCGAUUGUACAACAACAUGCCCGCGGGGUGUUCAUUAAGGAGUGCAUCCGAGACGAAAUCGUAUAUUUCCAGCAAAGCCAGUAUCAUAUUAGCCGACUUCACCAGGACUGGAGUCAAGAGCGGGUCAAGUAUGCCGAGCUGCAGGCAGAUAAUUGGCGGUCGUUGAGUGACCAGGUUGAAGGCAUGCCCUUGGGUGACUGA